UGUCCGCCUCCUUCCUGCCACCGCGACCCUGGGCAGGGAGGGCGACCCUGGGCCGGGAGGGUGGGUCCGAGCCCAGAAGAGAAAGAGGGGCAGAGGCUGGUGGGUCAUGCCCUGGUCGCCACGCGCCGCUCUCUUCUGGGACCUGGUCCUGGGCGUAUUGGGCACCCUCGCCUUCCUGAUCGACCUGGGCGCCGACCUGUGGGCCGCGAGCCAGUAUGUGCUCAGCGGUCGCUACCUGUGGGCCGCGCUAGUGCUGGCGCUGUUGGGCCUCUCCUCAGUCGCGCUGCAGCUCUUCAGCUGGGUCUGGCUGCGCGCCGACCUCUCCAGCCCGCACGCGCCGAAGCCCCCUGGCCACUGCCUGGCGCUGUUGCAUGUCCUGCAGCUGGGCUACCUAUACAGGUGCGUGCAGGGGCUGCGGCAGGGGCUGCUGGUGUGGCGGCAGGAGGUGCCUACCCAGUUCGACUUGGCCUAUGCCGACUUCCUCUCCCUGGACAUCAGCAUGCUGCGGCUCUUUGAGACCUUCCUGGAGAUGACACCGCAGCUCACACUGGUGCUGGCCAUCAUGCUGCAGAGCGGCAGCGCCGAGUACUACCAGUGGGUCAGCAUCUGCACGUCCUUUGUGGGUAUCUCGUGGGCACUGCUUGACUACCACCGGGCCCUGCGCACCUGCCUCCCCUCCAAGCCCCUCCUGGGGCUGGGUGCCUCCGUGAUCUACUUCCUGUGGAACCUGCUGCUGCUGUGGCCCCGAGUCCUGGUCGUGGCCCUGUUCUCGGCCCUCUUCCCCCGCUGUGUGGCCCUGCACUUCUUGGGCCUGUGGCUGGUGUUGCUGUUCUGGGUGUGGCUUCAGGGCACGGACUUUAUGCCAGAUCCCUGCUCCGAGUGGCUGUACCGGGCGACGGUGGCCACCAUCCUUUAUUUCUCCUGGUUCAACGUGGCUGAGGGCCGAACCCGAGGCCGUGCUACCAUCCACCUGGCGUUCCUCCUGAAUGAUAGCCUUCUGCUGGUGGUCGCCUGGGUGACUCAGAGCACCUGGCUGCCCAGCGGUUGCCUGCUGCAGAGGCUGCUGCCUGCGGCCGGCGCCUGCUUCCUCCUGGGGCUGGCUCUGCGGCUGGUCUACUACCGCUGGCUGCACCCCAGCUGCCGCUGGGAGCCUGACCAGGUGGACGGGACCCGGGGUCUGCACUCCCUCGAGGGGCGUCAGCUGCCUCAGAACAGGCGCAUGGCCCAUUUGGCUAAGAACUUUUUCCCCAAAGGUAGGGAUGAGGCUGCUUUGCCAUGGAAGGGAGAGGUGAAUGGUGUCCUUUGAGGCAGGGUCAGACCCAGCCAAGGGGACUGAAGGCCAGAUGGAAUCAGUUGGUAGAAUGUAGAAGAUAAGCUGCUUAUGCUGCUGUGGGCCUUGAUUCACUCAACGAGCGCUCGAUGCCUGAUCUGUGCCAGGCGCUGGAGACCAGAGUUGAGUAAGACAGAGGCCUGCCCUCAAGGAGGAGAACAAGAUGAGAAGGGCUGGGCCCUGGAGGGUCCAGGGCCCCAAUUGUGUAUGAAACACUUUGGGAGGAAAGAAGAGACCGCCUCUUCCCUUCCCCCCAAACAAGUAUAACCCCAAAGCAUCCCAGUGUUGGUAUUUUUACCUCCCUGGCUACCUCUAAAAUAAUUGGUGGAGCUGUUGUCCCACCCUUGGUUCCCCUGUCCUGGGCUGGAAGGCCCCAGGACCUCCAGGAUGUGUUCUCUGGAAUUCUUCCUCCCCUGCCCCACCCCAGUCAUUCAAUUCAUUUAGCAAAUGUUUACCGAGGGCCUUUUACGUGCCAGAAGCAUCAUUCUAGCCUUGGCAGAUCAGCUGCCAUUCCAGCUUCACCCCUUACCCUCUCCAGAUACUCCAGAACAGGCUCUCAGGCUGGAAGCCAGGGAUGCCCGACUGCCUGUCAGCCCUGUCAGCCCCUCCAAGGCCUUAGUGCAGCUGGCCCGGCCUCUGCCUCUGCUCUCAAGGGGCGACCUUUCAACCAAGUGCCUUGUGAACCUGUGGUCUGGGCCGUGGCUCGGCCCGCUGAGUAUGUUUUUGUGCUUCAGGCAGUGUACUUUCUACCUCAGUCUGUGUGGGUGGAAGAGGUGUGUGUAUCUGCGUCUCUGUAAGCGAGAGACACGUGUGUUGUCUUUGUUGAACAGUAUUAUUAGAUUAUUAUUAAAACCUCAUGAAAUCCCC